AGCCAUCUCCGGCCGUUGAAUGCACCGGGAGUCGAACGUUUGGGGAGGUCAUAUUGGUUGCGGGGCGGGUAAAAAUAACUUGGUUUCCUGGUUAACCUUGGCUGUCUAACCAAAACGGAAACAUCACAACGCCGCUGUCAGCCUUCACUGUCGCACCAGAGUCCGUUGCAGCCGUCACACACACCACCAGCCUACUGCUGCUGCUGCAACUGCAACCAUCUCUCCACCACUCCACUGCGCGACGAAUUGCCACCUGCGAAGCGCAACCUGUCCCUCGUUUUGCUGGAAAAGAAACCCUCUAUUGUGCUGGCCGCUGUACUGGAGCCCAGCAAUCGCUUUCGCAAACGCCUUCGCCAGAGACAGCCUCGAGAUCACUAUUGAGCGGCUCUGCCGCUAAUUCACCACCUGCCGCUCCAUCCACAGCACCUUCCCCCAGCACCCAGACCGGCCUCGACGACACCUUCCCAAUCGCCAUCGCAAUGGCAGGACCCCCGGAUCGCAGCUUCUCUUUCAACCGCAACGACGAACAGUCCCUCCAGCCCGGCUACCAGGCCUACCGACCAUCUCCUCAGCCUUACUAUGGCCAGGGGGAUGUCUCGCCCGUCGAGAGCAACGCUCCGCAGUUCCCUCCCCCAGUCCAGAAUAUAAGUCCUCCCCCGCCGCCCGCCCAUCGCGCAAACCAUCCGGCGGGCAUGCAUCCUGACAGCCACUUCAACCAGAUCCACCAGCAGCACCAGCGACAGUACGGCGUCGGUGCCCCGGGCUCAUCGCAGAGCUUCUCCGGCUAUUCCCCCCCCGGCGUGACACCUGGCGCAGACAACCUCGGUGAAGGCGCCGCUGGAGGAGGCAUCAACGGGAUCGCGCUUGGCGUAGCAAACAUGAAUGAGAGGGAAAGCGGAGUCCAGGCGCUGCGGGAUGUCAACAACUGGGGCAGGAAUGGCGAGGGCAGCCUUGCAGGGCCCAGAGGAACACCUUUGGAGAGGGAUCAGACAGGCACGCCUUACUCGGAUCACCAUGCCGAAUUCAUUCAACCCAUGCCGCCACGACCCGUUCAGCCACAACCCUCGUAUGGGUCGUCUGCUCCGCUUGCCGCCGGAGCCAUGACACCUGCGGGCAUGGUGGGCAGCGAGCACAAUUCCGAACGAAGCAUCCCCCUAGACGGCCGACCGUCGCCGCCUCAACAUGCCUACCCCUACCAAGACAAUCCCUACAACCGCUACUCGUCUUCAAACCUGAACCUUGCGCCUCACACACUGGGCGAGAUUAACCCCAAUGAUGUUGCCGACGAUGAUGACUGGGGCAUGGCACCUCAGCAACAGAAACGGCGCUCCUUCGCCCCAUUCGGUAGCGGAUCCCGCGAUGGCAGCCGAGAAGGCACGCCGGGCGUCGCUCCCGCCGUACCCGUAGGCGAGGCUGGAGCAUAUGUGGCAACCCGAGAUGGAAGUGGGAAAUACAAUGCUGUGCCUGGGGGAUCUGGAGGAGGCGCAAACGAGGUUCCUGUGACGGAGAAGUCUGAAUGGCUUGACCGUCAAAACCACGGAAAUAAACGCUUAAAAUGGAUUAUCGUAGUUGUCCUCAUUUUGGUGGUUGUUGGGGCUGUUGUCGGCGGUAUUCUUGGUGCUGUGUUGAAAAAGAAUAGUUCCGGCAAGGGAGGCGGGGGAGGCGGAGGAGACGGGAACGGAAAUCAGAGCCCCGAAUCCGUCGCCAACGAUAACAAGCAGGACCUGACCAAAAAUUCCUCCGAAAUCCAGAAAUUGAUGAAUAACAAGGCUCUCCACAAAGUGUUCCCCGGUAUGGACUACACUCCCCUGAACGCACAGUACCCGGAUUGUUUGCAUGUUGGACCUUCUCAAAACAAUAUCACCAGGGAUAUGGCUGUCCUGUCCCAAUUGACUAAUGCAGUGAGAUUGUAUGGUACCGAUUGCAAUCAGACCGAGAUGGUACUUACUGCAAUUGACCGACUGGGAUUGACCGACAUGAAAGUGUGGCUUGGUGUGUGGCUAGGUAAUAACGACACCACAAAUACCCGACAGCUCGAUCAAAUGUGGACCAUAUUGGAAAACAAUGCUGUGAGCAAGUUCAAGGGGGUUAUCAUUGGAAACGAAGUCUUGUUUCGAAAGGAUCUCACGACCACUGCGCUCUUGAAGGUCAUUUCCGAUGUCAAGACCAGCCUCGACUCCAAAAAGAUCGCCCUACCUGUUGCGACUUCGGAUCUUGGCGAUAAUUGGACAGCAGAGAUGGCCUCGAAAGUCGACAUUGUCAUGUCAAACGUACACCCCUUCUUUGCUGGCGUCGAGGUCAGUAAGGCUGCGGGUUGGACGUGGGAUUUCUGGACGGGUCACGACGUUGUUCUCACCAAAGGCAACCCCAAGAUCAAACAAAUCAUUGCCGAAGUUGGAUGGCCAUCUGCAGGUGGUAACGGUUGCGGAACGUUGCCAUGCACGUCAGACACCCAAGGGUCCAUCGCGGGCAUCAAGGAAAUGAAUCAGUUCAUGUCGGAUUGGGUUUGCCAGAGCAUGGCAAAUGGAACCGAGUAUUUCUGGUUCGAAGCUUUCGACGAACCCUGGAAGAUCCAAUUCAACGAAAAAGGUAAAGAAUGGGAAGACAAAUGGGGUCUAAUGGACAUCAACCGCAACCUCAAAUCUGGCGUCACGAUUCCGGACUGUGGCGGUAAGACAGCAUCAUAACACCAACAUCACUAAAAAGGCGGUAAGCCUGCAUUUAAACUGGAGUUUAGUGGCGCACCAUGGCUUGGAACGAGGAUUUUGGCAUUUCUUUCUCGCAUUCUUGUGGGACAGAUACGAAGGCAUUUUGGGUCGGGACAUCGGACUUGCGCUGGAAAACGCGCUUUCGCGUCGCGUAUAUUAUUUGCUUUAGCACAUCUUGUGGAUGGAUGCGUAUAACUUAAUUCUGGCUGUUGAUAUGGAUAAUCAUGUAUCUUAGGUUUGGAAAUAUAUGGAUGCUGGACAUAGGUUAGCGAGAUUAGCAGUGGUUUCUGGACAGGCCUUGGAGGAUUGGAAGGAUCGAUAGAUAGGGUUUUGGAAUGUGGAUGGACCGGACUGUAGAUAACUUUUAGGAAUAAAACAGGUACCUGUCCUUAA